AUGGAGAAUGCAACUCCAGGAAAACCGUUUCGAUUUCUCGACAUUCCUAGAGAAGUCCGACGCAUGAUUUACGACGAGCUCAUGGACAACAAGAAGAAUCGCAUCAGGUUCACACAGCCCAAAAGAUUCGAGGUCGAGGAUGUGUACCUCAACAACAUGCAUUACUCGAAUCUUCUCAAGGUCAACAAGCAGGUCCGUAGCGAAUACUGGCCUCUAUGUCUUCAAAAAUCCGUCCUAUGGAUCAAUUAUGGUUGUGAAGAACGUUCAAGUCUGGAAGAUGAAGCACAUGACGGUGAUGAAGAAGAAGAAGAGCCGGUGCUACCUCUGCUGUCUCAGUGGUUGCAUCUGCCGACCACAGUCUUGGCCAAGCUGACCAACGUCGUCUACAAGUUUCACGCUCAUUGGAAGCUCCCAGACAUCAAUCCAUUCUAUGGUAUUGCCGAAUCUAUCGUCGAAUUACCAAAUCGGGAGUUCAUCGGGAUAUGGUCGGAACUGGAAAUAUCUGUUAUCGAAUAUGGUCGAGACGAAGCAGAGAUGGACGAGAGAUUUCAAGACUUUGUCGAGCGUAUCUUCCUGGAAGAGGGUACCCUAGUCAACCUUGACGAUGAAGAAGACCGCAAUCUUGUCAUUCAGGUCGACUGCAGCCUAUACACGCCGCUGUUCGAGAUGAACAAGAAUCACAUCUGGCCCCGUCGCAGACAUCUUCAGCAAGGCAUGGCGCCUGCGGCUGGUCUUCCAGAGUGGGGAUACUCGAUGUAUCGUGUGGCUGCUCCUUGGGAACUCCCGCUCGAUAAAUCCUUCACGUAUCGCGGCGAGGAGCUGGUUUUCAUGCGUCUCGAAUACAAACUGCCUGUGCUCUCCAGGUCCGAGACAGAAUGUGACAGUCCUAGCGAAUGGGAUUACGAGUUCGGCGCGUCUGGCUUUGCUACAGGUAACACGCCAGACUGGAGCUCAGGUGCAAGACCUAUAUGGAUGGAUCACGAAUAA